GAAGAUACCAACUGAUGGCUUCUCUAGGGUGACAUUUCCCUCCCUUACUGGUAGUUUUUAAUUAGAUGGCCCAGAUCAAAGACAUCAGGGCAGCUGCAUGCAUCCACUCCUUUCUUAAAAUGAAAGCAAGGAGAAGCAUAAACUCAUCCUGUAAAUUAUGUGAUACGGGAUUUGUGUCCACAAAAAUAAUUUCAAGAUAUUACACUACACCCUGUGGUUUGUCCUUCUGGAGGAUACUGAGUUACAUGUGAUAAGUGCUCUCUUACCCCUUCUUAUUCUGGUCUGGGCUCUUGGCUACCUUGUUCUUUCCCUGUUCCCUUGUGUCCAACUAAUGUUCAGUUGGAUCUCAGACAGAUUUUCUCCUUCAGUCAAUGUAGGGCACAGGGGUGCCUAAGCUUUGGGUUUUGUCUUCCAUGGCUUCAUACUGACUUAGCAUACUCUAAUAUUCUUUUGAUAUCCUGAAUUAUUUUUUGGGGCUUCUCCCUGGAAGUUCCUGCCUUUUCUCCGUUAGCUAUAAAAAACACUUGUUUCUUGUUCCUACUAGACUGAUUUAGGUCUUUCAGGUGCAACUUCUACAAUUUUGUGCAGUUGUUCCCUUGAGUUGGUUCUAUGCAGUUGAAAUCUCCUUAGUUUUUAAUAUCAGUUCUAAGUCAGUACCUCUGGCUGCCUGCAGCUCACUGCACCCCAGCUCACCAUGUGCAUGAAACCAGAAGCAUUUCUAAGGAAGCUGUUGUAGGUGCCUGGGUUGCCUUUCUAGCAAUGAAGUUUAGCUUCCCACUCGUCUUUCCUGUACUUCCCUUUGUUGCUGGUUUCUGUCUUGGCCACGAGUUUUUGUCUAGGUCUAGCUAGCAGCCUGUUCAUCUUUUUUCAGGAUUUCCCAGUCUGGUGGUGUGUGGGGAAGUCUGCAGCUGCUGGUACUUGAAAUGAUCAAGGCUCUUGCUGCUGCCCACACCACACAGGGUAGCUGAGAUGGCCCCAGGGAAAAAUCAGGCUCCUUUGCCAGCUGGAUUGCGCUCUUAGGCCACUGCUUAGCUCCCAUUCUUUAACCAGACCUGCAGACCUGGAAGCCAGUGUUGUGGGCAGGGCAGUCAUGUGCCACAGUUGGAUGCAGCUAGGUGACUGGAAUGGUUUUCCUUCUUUUUGUACCUGGCUGUCCAGAUUGUCAGCUUUGGCUGAGGUAUGGGGUGCUGGGAUUUUGAAGGUCCUCGACACUGCUCCCUCAGUGCUGUGUGGGCUCUCUGUAGGUAGCAGCUGUUUGUCCUGGUCUCUGCCUGUCUUCCUGGGCAGCUUCACCACCCUCUUCCAACCUCCCCAUCCCUUCUGAGCUACCAAUGCCUGUGUGAGUCCCAUCCCGUGGCAGGCUGGCACUGCUGUGCUCAGAGCACUAGCCUGGACCUUGAAGUCUGAAGCUCUGGAUUCACACGGAUUCCCCCUUGUGCCUGUACAGAGCAUGUAGGACAUUUGGGACCAUUUAUGUUGCUCAUUGGCCUUUUGGAGAAAAAGAGGAACAGAGGACGUGCAGAUCUGAGUUUUGUGAACACAGCCAGAACCCAAGAUGUAUGCAAAGAGUCAGCCCUGGUGUGCUAACGACAGGGACCCAAAAAUAAUAGGGGCUAUGGGGAGGAAAGACACAAAAGGAGAAGCAGAAGUGUAUGCAAAGCAGCUUGGGGCUGCGGAGUGGAUGGCUCAGAGCGCUUCCUGUUCCCGGAGCCGCGCGUGCCCCGCUGUGUACGGGCUCGCACCUGCCUGUGCCCGGCAGCAGUGCACAGCGGGCCAGAGACCAAGGAAAAGGUGGAUAGAGAAGGUCUGAAUGGACUGACAGCAGACUCCAGGAGAGAUACAUGGCCAGCUCCCAGGAGGCACAGGAGCAGUUUGGCAUUGGGUGCCCCGGCACAGAGCUCCGACUUCCCUUUCCUUUCCAGCGCAAACUGAUUUUUCCUCUGAGUUUUUUGGGUUGCUUUGGUGGCAGCCACUUGGCCGCCUCUUCUUUUUCCCUCCACAAUGGUGAGGUGGUUUCACCGUGACCUGAGUGGGCUGGAAGCUGAAGCCUUACUGAAGGGACGAGGUGUCCAUGGGAGCUUCCUGGCCAGACCCAGUCGGAGGAAUCAGGGGGAUUUUUCUCUUUCAGUCCGGGUUGGUGAUCAGGUAACCCACAUCCGCAUCCAGAAUACUGGGGAUUUCUAUGACCUGUAUGGAGGGGAGAAGUUUGCCACCUUGUCAGAACUGGUGGAGUACUACACACAGCAACAGGGCUCGCUGCAGGACAAAGAUGGAACCAUCAUCGACUUGCGAUACCCGCUCAACUGUUCUGACCCCACAACAGAGAGGUGGUACCAUGGGCAUCUGUCAGGCCCUGCAGCUGAGUCACUGCUCCAGGCCAAAGCUACUCCUUGGACCUUCUUGGUGCGGGAGAGCCUCAGCAAACCCGGGGACUUUGUCUUGUCUGUCCUCACUGACCAGCCUAAACCUGGGUCUGAUGUUCCAGCUGGGGCAACUGGUGCCUCUGGGACCCGUCUCAAAGUCACACACAUCAAGAUCAUGUGUGAGAAUGGACGCUACACAGUUGGAGGUGCUGAAAUGUUUGACAGCUUGGCAGAUCUGGUGGAGCACUUCAAGAAGAUUGGAAUUGAGGAGAUGUCUGGUUCCUUUGUGUACCUGAAGCAGCCCUACUAUGCUACAAGGGUGAAUGCUGCUGACAUUGAGAACAGAGUGCAGGAACUGAACAAGAAGACAGGUCUCUCUGAGGAGACAUCCAAGGCUGGAUUUUGGGAGGAAUUUGAUAGCCUGCAAAAACAGGAAGCUAAGCACCUGUUUGACCGUCAUGAGGGCCAGAGACCUGAAAAUAAGAGCAAGAACCGAUACAAGAACAUACUGCCUUUUGAUCACUCCAGAGUCAUCCUCCAGGGAAGGGACCCAAAUAUACCUGGAUCUGACUACAUCAAUGCCAACUAUGUCAAGAACACCCUGAUCAGCCCAGAUGAGUGCACCAAGACCUACAUCGCCAGCCAGGGCUGCCUGGAUGCCACAGUCAAUGACUUGUGGCAAAUGGUGUGGCAGGAGAACACGCGCAUUAUUGUGAUGACAACACGGGAGGUAGAAAAAGGCCGGGUGAGUAGCAGUCUGGAGGUGUCUCUUUUCCCUUUCAACCAUUGCUCUGCUUUUUCUCUCUCCUACCUUCUGAUCAUCCUCACCCUGACCUCUCUGCCCACACAGAACAAAUGUGUGCCUUACUGGCCAGAGCUGGGCAGCACGAAGGAGUACGGUCCCUACCUUGUGCAGAACACUGGGGAGCACGAUGCACUGGAGUACAAACUCCGGCACCUCUGUGUGUGCCCGAAGGAUAACGGCAAGGCUGUGCGUGAGAUCUGGCACUACCAGUACCUGAGCUGGCCUGACCAUGGUGUACCCAGUGAGCCAGGAGGAGUCCUCAGCUUCCUCGACCAGAUAAACCAGAAGCAAGAGAGCAUCCCCAACGCAGGGCCUAUUGUGGUACACUGCAGUGCUGGGAUUGGCCGCACUGGGACUAUCAUCGUCAUUGAUAUGAUAGUGGAAACAAUCUCCACCAAGGGGCUGGACUGUGACAUUGACAUCCAGAAGACCAUCCAGAUGGUGAGGGCCCAGCGAUCUGGGAUGGUGCAGACGGAGGCCCAGUACAAGUUCAUCUACAUGGCCAUCUGCCAGUUCAUAGAAGCAACCAAGAAAAAGCUGGAAGUUAUCCAGUCUCAGAAAGGCAAGCCAAAUGAGUGUGAGUAUGGGAACAUCGCCUACCCCCCUGCAGUGAGGAAUGCACACCCCAAGGUUUCACGAAAACCCUCCAAGCAGAAAGAGGAGUCAACAGUGUAUGAGAACUUGGGGAAAAAGGAGGAGAAGGUGCGGAAACAACGCUCCUCAGAGAAGAAGCUGAAAGGCUCACUAAAGAAAAAGUAAUCAUACACUGCAGAUAGCCCCAUAGGGGUUUGAACCUGGGCUGCAGGACUGGAGCUCACAUCCCAGCUGGCCUGUAUCACAUUCCUUGCUCUUGGACUGGAACGAAGCCUUCCCCUUCUCUUCCAUGCCAGCUUUCAGUGCCGUGAACCAGAACACUUUUCAGCUCAGCUGACCAACUCUGUGGUCCCUUGCCUGUGCAGGCAAAGUCUCUUGCUGCCCCCUCAUCAUCCAUUAGCAGGAAAAGGUCACGCCCCUCCUUUCCUUGCUCCCUGAGCACCGGGCCCCAAACUCACCUUUGGUGGGCCAGCUUCAGUGGAAUUCUCAGGGAAGAGCUAAGGAAGGUCAUCACAGGAGCUACAUCUGUGCCCACUGCCGUGAGUUAAAGAGUUUAGCUGGUUUGUGUUUCCUGAAGCCUCAGCCUCAGUAUGGAGGUUUUGGCCUGUUUCAGCUCAGCUCCUCUGCAAUUCAACAGACUUCCUCUUUCCUUAAUACCAACCUUCUGCCCCUCAUAUCCUUUUUCUAUCUCAUCCUUCACCUGGAUGCUGUAAAUAUACCAUAAUUUGAUGUGAUGGCUAUAUUUUCUUCUUUGUUUGUAAAUAAACUUGUAUUUGUUUGACUA